AUUUGUACGGAUGUCCCGCCCUCUAUCUGUUCCCCCUCUGAGGCGGGGCGGCGGUAGAGAUGGCGGCUGUGACGGAUCUGCAGCGGCUACAAUCUGGUGUGGAGGAGCUGGAGCGCUGGGUUUAUGGAUCGAGCGGGGCGCGUGGCUCGCGGAAGGUGGCUGAUGGUCUGGUUAAGAUACAGGUGGUUUUGGGUAACAUCGCCAGCAAGAGGGAGAGGGUGAAGAUUCUGUACAAAAAGAUUGAAGACUUGAUCAAAUACUUGGAUCCUGAAUACAUUGACCGCAUUGCCAUACCUGAUGCUUCUAAGCUGCAGUUCAUCUUAGCAGAGGAGCAGUUCAUCCUGUCCCAGGUUGCCCUCCUGGAGCAGGUGGAGGCCUUGGUGCCCAUGCUGGACAGCCCUCACAUCAAAGCCGUUCCUGAACAUGCUGCCCGCCUGCAGUGCUUGGCCCAGAUCCAUAUCCAGCAGCAGGACCAGUGUGUGGAAAUCACCGAAGAGUCCAAGGCUCUCCUAGAGGAAUACAACAAGAUUACGAUGCUUCUCUCCAAGCAGUUUGUGCAGUGGGAUGAACUACUUUGUCAGCUCGAAGCUGCUAAGCGAGUGAAGCCAGCAGAGGAAUGACAGCUGCUUCCCA